AUUCAUUUUAACACAAAGAGUUUUCAAGAAAAAUCAUGGGAAUCCUGCAGGUCGAAGAGCUGGUUACAGACAUCACAGGUGGAAACACAGAUCAGGACACCACUGUACAGAAACGUCCAUCUGAAGAAUGCAAGAGCUCUGCUGACCAUCAUCUGAAACCCUACAACAACCUUCAGUGUGAGGGUGAAGUCAUUCUCAGCGGCCUUGAUACUGACAACAGCACUAAUGACCUCCAGGUUGUGAAAAACAGUGUGCAGACAGAAGUCUACAAAAAACAGCCCAAACAAGAGCUAGUGAAUGAUUUUGUGGAUGAAGAUGACUUCCUGAAGGCAGCGCUGGAUAAUAAAUUGCCAAUGAUCAAAAGUUACCUCGCCAGAGGUGCAGACCCAAAUGCAUGUGAUAAUUUCAAUCGUACAGCUCUACACAGAGCUUGCUCACAAGGAAACGUGGAAAUUGUGAACGCACUUCUGGAAGCUGGUGCUUCAAUAGGAAAUAAAGACAAGCUUCAAGCAACUGAAGUCCACUGGGCUUGUCGUGGAGGUAGUUUGCCUGUGCUGGAGGCACUACUUAAUCACGGGGCAAACCUGGAUGCCAGAGACAAGCUUCGCAGCACUGCUCUUCAUGUGGCGGUCAAGACAGGACACUACGAAUGUGCUGAACAUCUCAUCCACUGUGGCGCAGAUGUCAACGCAAAAGACAUAGAGGGUGACACGCCAUUGCACGACGCAGUCAGCCUGAAUCGUUUCAAACUCAUCCAGCUUCUUCUACUGCACGGAGGGGACUUACAUAUCAAGAACUUUGAGGGAAAGUCACCUAUGGACAAGGUGUGUGAGUGGCAGAAUGGAGCAAAAUCAAUCUUUGACAACUUUCAAGACAAUAAAAAAUAAAUGCAUCACAUGACCACCUGGACAACUCUGGGCUUAAUAUCAUCCAAAUAAACUAUUAUGAGAUAUUAUGAGCCUGCAUAUUAAAAUCUAAUAUGUGAAGAAGAUAUAUUAUUGAGUUAUAAGAAUGUUUUGAGAGUUUUGGCAAAGCACUUCAACUUUUUUAUUAUUAAAUUAUAGAGAAAACAGAAAGGAAUGCGAAGCCUAAAUAAAUAUCGUCUUCUUUUGUUGACAUGGGAAUACAAAUGAAACUGCUGAAAUUAAAUCAUGAAUGAUAGGUGUGAUUUGAUAUUCCAAAACUUUAUUACAGAAUGUGCUUUUUGUGCAUGACGUCUGUACAGAAUAUGACAUAAGAAUUUUUGUACUAUUAUAUGUAAAUUUUGCUUGCAAUUCCAUUAAACCUUAACUAAUAAAAUACAUUUUUAACA